AUGGCGAGCGAUCAAAGUUCGUCUCGGGUCACAUUGACCCGCACUGGCGUAUUUGAUUCAAAAAAUAGGAGAAAGCAAAACCAACUGGAAUUAGAGCAGCAGAAUUACAUGAAUUUAUUUUGCGCUGGUUAUGAUUCCCUGUUGCGUACUUUUCAAUAUCUUAAGGUCCAAGAGUUAUUGCGAGCCGCACGAGUUUGUAAAAUGUGGCGUGAUCUCGCUGCACAUCCAUCUCUGUGGAAGACCGUACGAAUGAAAAAUAGUCAAGUAACUGACUGGGAUGGUUUGGCGGAUACGUUACAGAGACGUGGUACGCAGCAUCUAGAUCUCAGAAAAAUGCUAAUUGCUUGCGAGUCCGACAACAUUUGAAAGUAAUUCUUGACUGUUAUACCACGAGUGAGCAGUCUUUUGAAGCUUGAAUUAUGCAGAUAUCCCGUUUCAGUUGUGGAAGAAGUUAUUAAGACUUGUUCACAAUUGGAGGUAUUUAGCGCGAUGUCGAUCAAAUGCGAAUCUCUUACGUUAGAAUCGAUUGGAAAUUUGAGACGAUGUCAAGAACUCAGACUUAAAGCGAUAUCUGGAAUGUCCUUACAACAAGAUCUUACUCCUUUACAAGAUUUAAAACACUUGACACAGUUGAGUUUAACAUCAGUUAAGGAACUUGGGAAGAAAAAAAUUGAUGUUAUACAAUCAUUGACAAAUUUGGAGACGUUAGAAUUAGGCGAAUGCUCUGAUUUUCCUGACAAGUUUGGAACUAUCGUUUUAAUCAAUUUAAAUAAAUUGGAACGUCUUAGACUUGAAAAAGGUCAAGGAUCGUGUUGUACAUUCGAUAUUCUUGAAGGCGUAUCGAAAUUACAGAAUUUGAAUCAAAUGGAAUUGGUCAAUUUCGAUGUGAAGAAUGGUUUUGACAAAUGUCUGGCUAAUUGCAAAAACAUCAAAAGGUUAUUAAUUAUAUUGACUUAUAUAUCCCAGUCGGCAACAUCUAACAACAUGGUGCUUGGAGGUGUCACAGAAUUGUCAGACAAUUUAACGCAUUUUAUAUGGGGUGUUACGCUUGAGUUACUCAGGAUUACGGAACUGUUCACUGAUCAGUGCAAUCUUAUGAAUAAACAGAUUACCGGAGAUUCUAUACCGGUUUUAAAACCUGUUCCCUGCUUAAGAUUAAUUUCGGAUGUUGAGGAUAAAAACAAGAACCAAAAAGAAGCCGAUGAUAAACAGCAGCCGCACCAAACGGGUCUUCAGGUCGACAUUUUGCCAUUGCCACAAUUGCAAAAGCUUCUUUUAACUGCAUUACCCAAGACACGAGUCAAGAUAUUGAAAAUUCCCUUUCACGCUACUUGGCGACAAAGCAUUUCCGAUACUACUACGCAAUAGAAAUGAACGAGAUGAUACUAGUAUGAAA